AUGGCAAUUGAAGCCAGAGCAAAGAUGGAUGAUUUCACACGUCCCGAGUUUGCAUUAUGGCAAGGCACCCAAAGGCUGGUGGUGGCAUUUGCCACCACUCCACCCAUUCCGAGGAAGAGAGGAGUGAAGUUGGUGGGAGUAGCCUCGAGUCCUGAACUUUCUGAAAAAGUCGCACCACCAAAAUUAGUUUAUAAAGCCAGUUUUUCUGUUUCAUUAAUGAUCACAUCUUAUCUUCGAAUUGACCAAAAGGUUUUACACCUGACUAUUGCUUGCAAUACUAGUAGCCAGAAUUUGUUAUGUGAUGGGCUACCCGACAAAGGCAGUGGCAUCCCAUAUUUUUAUCUAACUACCCUGGAUCCAACUGCACGUUAUGCAUUGAAAGACCAGAGAUCAUCAUUCACAGUCAGUGAGUACCCUAUUGGGACUUGUGGCAAGACGGACCCUGAGAACCCCACUUGUUCAAAAAUUACACUCACAGGAAAGUUGAAGUUAGGAAACCCUGAUGAAGCUGAAUAUGCUCAGACUGCCUUGUUCACGAAGCAUCCUGAGAUGAAAGACUGGCCUAAGGAUCACAACUUCCAGAUCUUCAAAUUGGAAGUGGAGAACAUUUUUAUGAUUAAUUGGUUUGGUGGUCCUAAACCCCUCACGGUGGAUGAGUACCUGCAUACCAAAAUGACAUUCGUUAUGUGAAAUCUAUUCUAAUCUCCAGUUGUCUGAGCUGUGUGUGUUGCUGGACAUGAAGGGGUUUAGUGAAUAAAGGAACCAUUUGUAAACAACAUGUAUCAUAUUUGUGUAUAUAUAUUAAUACACAUUAUGUAAGCAAUAUGCUUCAGCUAAUUGCUGGGGAAAGAUAAUCACAAACAAUUACAUUGUUAACGAGUCCAUGCGUUUGUGAUUCUUCAUUAUUUUCAUCAAUGUAUAUUUGGAAUAUGUAUAAGAUCUUUCACUUUGCUGCCCUCAAAGUCCAAGAGGACAAUAAUUUUUGGGGAAAUUGUUUAACCAUUUUUCCAUGGG